AACGACAGCUCAGUCGUUUAUGGGUUGAACUGAUGCACUGAAGGAAGGGGUAUCGGAAGUUAUUUGCAAGGUAAAUGGUUACCUGAGAGGGUGACAGUGGUAUCUUAAAGCAUGGUCUACCCAAAGUAGACAGUUGUAAGCGUAUGCACACAUUUGCAUGGACACAACACUACAGAUAAAUUCAUCUCAUUGGAUCGCGCCUAUCGCUUGAUGAAGGGUUUCUGUUAUUCGCUAACUUAGAAAAGAAGUAGGAUUAUCCGAACAUUGGUCUGGAGCAUCUUGCGUCGUUGACUGCGAAGAAAACGGCCAGAAACACGCAACAGGUGGGACGAAGCUUCUGAAGUGAGCAAAAGAAAGUAUGGAGUCAGUAUCAGGAUCAUUGGCAAUGGACAGCCACGGUCGUUUGACCGGUCAACUGAUGUCAUCUAUUAACACCGACGACAAAUUUGCAGGUGGUGGAUCGAAACAAGGGACUGACCAUGAAAACAUGAGCCUUCAUAGUAGAAGCGAUCAGUCAGAGACUCGUACCACGCAAUCUCACUUCGUUGAAGGCGAGAAGAAUGAUAUCUUCGGGAAUGAUAAAGACUCCUUUAGACAGUACUUGUCUCCUCCGACUCUGGCUAACGAAAAUGUGCAAAAAGACGCUGUGGACUUUCGGUUUACUUCUGUUGCAUCCUCUGAGCUCGAGCCAAGUAGACGAAAGCGCCGUAAACCACUUAUUCCGCCACAGAAGUUUGCAGUGUCACGCUUGAAAGCGCACCUUACUGACGUGUCCGAGUCCGAAGAUGAUCCGCAAGAAGAAUCAACAACGGAAUCCGACUACCCUGACUACGAUCACGGGCAGAUCAACGCAGCUCAUGCGUUGAAUAAUUUUCACUCACCGCAAAGAGUAGUUAGGUCCACCAGUCUGCGUAAACCAACACAAAACGGGAAAUUGAUCGACGAGUUGAUCCAGAAGGCGGUGGAAACUGCGCUCCACAGCAUCUGUCACGUGCGACAAAACGAUGUAGCGGAACCUAAGCAUCUAAUUGAAACAGCGUUUAACAACAUGGAGCCCGGUAUCUAUCAUCUUGUAGAGCAAGCGUUCCGAUCUACUUUUGCAAAUGUCAAAGGCCAACUUCCGUUUGAGUCAACAACAUGUUCUGAAAUAGGGAACAUGAAUCCUACUUUCGUUGACGUAGCAUCGGUGAAUGGUUGUCCUGAGUUAGAGACGAGGACAUUCCACUCCGCUGAGAAAACGGAAAACUGGCAGCACAGGUUAUCUGCUGAAACAGUUGAAGAACAACCAGUGUUUGUCGAAUGCAGCGAGUCGCAGAAACCACUAUUUUCAAUUGGAAAUCUGGCUUUUAAUACAGACUGCAACGACCGCAACCUCUCUUAUUAUGAUAGAGCUUCUGUGGAAAAUGGAUGUUCGGUUAAGAAAAGACCGUCGAUCAUGGAUGAAAAUCUGAUGCAACGGCGGAUGAUUUUACCUCCUCAUUACAACCAAAGUGACUCAAAUAAAGGUGUACCCAGCGACAAUUCCACUCUAGAGCAUCCUGUCUUGUGCUCAGAAUCCACCUCAGCUGCGGCAUAUAUUGCAGAUAAGACGCGAGCGGCAUCCAUCAUGUCCGGAUUCGGUCGGGUUCACCAGUCAUUCAGCCCACCUGCCCAUCUGCUUCGCCCCCUUUCACAAUCGGGUAAACAGCUUUUGAGUCAACAUCGACCUCUAGAGUACACUCCCAUCUCUAGUUCACCAAGUACAGAAGUGAUGUCAUUUUCGUCCGCUGCAUUGACCGAAACUGGGACUGGAAUUACAAGCCCACACAGCACACUCACCGGCUCUCGAGUGCAGCAGCCCACGUUUACGCCAACUUUACCACCCUCCUUGGGUCAUCAGGGACCUGCAGCUUCCAUACUGGCUGCAGCUUUGAACUUUGUCAAUCCUUUGUGGGGUUCCAGAAGAUUUGACGUAGAAAACACCAUUCAGAGUCUGCCACCGCACUCAGUGCUCGGAACAUGGCCCGUCAUUACAACUUCCCCCACGAAAGGCCCCGAAUUCGCUGUCGCACCCACACUGCUGCCAUUCGGCGUGCACUCUCAUUGUCCUCCUCUCAAUGUUCCGAUGAACGCUGGCCUAGCUCAUGCAUCGUACCAGCCCACAGCAGCUCAGACAUAUGUGCUUCCCAAUAACUUCCCAGUAAAUCAGUCAGAUGAGCAGACAGAAGCAAUACCACUUGUGGUACGGCGUAACGUAAAAAAUGAGCAAAGCGGAGAAGAGAAUAAGAAGGGAGGAGCUCAAGCUGCAUCAUUAUACUUUGAUGCGGCUGGUAUUCAGCAGCCGUCUGUCUCUGUUACCUACGGUGGAUCAAGUGUAUCUCGUCGUCGACGAACCAAAGUUACAGACACUCGUCUCAAUGCUCGUGGUGCUUUACGCCAAGCAACAGACACUUGGGCACCACACCAAUGUCAACCAAGCAACGUCGAGAAUUAUCCAACCCUACCUGAUCUAGGUGAAGCCACAAAAAGCUCUCUCACCUACCUGCACGGUGGGUCCUUCCGUUAUCCAGUAAGGUGCGUCGACUAUGGAGUGAACCAUCCUUGGAUAAGUCCUCAACUCUUCCAAGAACCACGACUCAAUAGCGGUAGCAGUAGCCCGUCCCCUAGCUCUGUUCGUUUUUCAAGUGGUCCUAGGGAUGGCAUGACAGAAUCGGACCGUUUACGUGGCCCAUCGGACCGACGACAAACUUCUGACACUAUGCCCCACUUGAAACCUCAUGACUCACCGACUGCAGUAUCUCCUGAAGGGGUUGAAGGUAACAACUUUGAGCAAACGCUUACUAAAGUGUUGAAACCUAUCACCAACUCUCGAGGACAAAGGACGAUGAACUCUCUCAUGGAACAGAUAGAUAGUUAUACAGCCUUCCCAAAGAAUGUGUGGUUUGGCCAAAGACCUAGUUCCGAUCUCACACAUUGUACAGCGCCUUAUCUUCCCUGUAACGGCAGACCUAUUUUUGAUGCACUAAACUCUGGUCGUGGCCGUUUCUCCGAAGCCUCGAAAUUGCUUCCCACAUUGACAACCUAUGAGAAGCACUCCGGAGGUCCGACGAGACGUGCACCAAGCAACCCACUUUUCAUCCCAAUUUCUCGAUGCAAUUCAAGCAGCCCCGUGGAUGUCGACUGUGCGUCCAGUCUCCAUCGCUCAGAUGGUAUGCGACUGACCAGUACACUGACACCUGUCCACCUACGCAAAGCAAAGCUGAUGUUCUUCUACACUCGCUAUCCCAACUCAACACUGAUCAAACUAUAUUUUCCCGAUGUGAAAUUCUACAAAAAUAAUACCGCCCAGCUGGUCAAGUGGUUUAGCAACUUUAGGGAAUUUUACUACAUUCAAAUGGAAAAAUUUGCAAGAGUUGCCAUAUCUGAAGGUGUGCGUACGCCAGACGAGAUUCAUGUGACUACGGAGUCGGAACUCUACCGUGCCUUGAACUUACACUACAAUCGAAACCAUCAGCUUGAGGUACCAGAUCAUUUCCGGGUUGUCGUGGAGGCAACUUUGCGUGAGUUCUUCAACGCCCUGAUGAAUGGAAAAGAUGCCGAGCAGUCAUGGAAGAAGCCAAUUUACAAGAUAAUUGCUCGCAUGGACCAACCAGUACCAGAGUUUUUUAAGAAUCCCAAUUGGAUGGAGCAACUUACAGAUGGCUGAGCAGUGGACCAUUACCAUAGCUACCGAAGUCUUUGUUCUUAUAGCAGUUCAUUAUCUGAAUACCCCUCAUCAAAGUGUAAAUAAAUCCCUUCUGAUUAUUUGCCAAUCAACUGGACCAUGUUGCAUCAUCAGCGUGCUUAUAUCGUUCAUUUUGACGAUGAAUAACACAACAACGAUACAUUUGGGGCGAGUAUGAAUAAUGCGUUGCACUCCCGGGUGUUGAAUACUUGCUCUUAUUACAUAGGUUCUUAAAUAAAUCUGAAGACGCUGGUGUUUUUGUCAUCUGUACAACUAUCUGCGAUGUGACAUUUGUAAUCAAUGUGACUUGUCUUCCGUAGUCGCUGAUGAGAAUUACGAUGAGAUUUGUUAUA